AGGAUGGCUUUAAAGCGUGGAAUCUUUGUUGUUAUAGAAGGAGCAGAUGGAACUGGAAAAUCGACACAAGUUCUGAAACUUACUAAACGGUUGCAGUGUGAAGGAUUCCCCUGCACUAACAUGAGAUUUCCAGACAGAAGCACUCAAAUAGGAGGCAUGAUAGACAGCUAUCUGCAAUGCAAAUCAAACAUGUCUGACGAAAGUGUGCACCUUCUUUUUUCUGCUAACAGGUGGGAACUAAGAAGUAAGAUCCUCACCACCCUUGCCUCGGGUACAAGCAUCAUUUGUGAUCGCUAUGCAUUUUCUGGUGUAGCAUACACUUCUGCCAAACCUGGCUUCUCUUUGAACUGGUGCAUGGGUCCUGACCGGGGCUUGCCCAAGCCUGACAAAGUCUUGUACCUGAAAGCAUCAGAAAAACUUGCAAAAUCUCGUUCAGAUUAUGGGACUGAACGGUAUGAAAAACGUUGUGGGUAUAGGAGGAUGCGCACAACAACACGGCACAGUUUACACUGCACAAGGGUUUCUGGCUGCGCUCCAAACAGCUGACGUAUCAUUACCACUCCAUACCCAGCUACAAGAUUACUUCACUCUCCCUCUCUCUCCCAUCUGGAUGGACUCUAGUACAGAAGAGUACUGUGAGAGGUUAGAAGAGAAGAUAGGUUCUGAAGAGCUUUGUAACAGGACUGGUUCACGGGCCCAUGCUAGAUUCUCUGUUCAUCACAUUCAUAGAAUGGUAAAUGAGAGUCCGGAACUGUACGAGUCUACAGAACGAGUACUACUUGUCAGUAACUUCCUGGGUACUCUCCUCACUGGCAAGUACAUGGCUAUAGACUUUAGUGACGGAUCAGGUAUGAACUUGUUGGAUGUGUUCAGAAGAAGUGGAUAAAGGAGAUUAGUGGCUUUUAUAAUGGGGUGAUAUUAGUGACAAGUUGGGAGCACCUAAACCCACCCUACAGGAAGCUGAUGAAGUGGCUGCUACAAUAUCAGACUACUUGGUUACAAGAUACGGGUUUAACAAGGAAUGCAAAGUAUUGAGGUGUACU